UCUUCCACAGCAAGAGCACGGCAGAGUCAAAACCUCCGCAGCCUGUCAAUUUCCAUGGCUGCCUCCUCUCUCUCGUCCCUUUAUCUCUCUCACCACCGGCCGGGGAACCCAUUCCCUUCUCUGACCGCCAAGUGCAUUCCCUUUAUCUCUUCGCUGCUGAUCAAGAGCCGCAGCAGCAGGAAAGAUGCGAAUGCCUUGCCGGAGGCUGGUUUCCUCAGGCACUGUCCUAGUGGAUCCAGCGUCAAUGGCAGCAGAUGGGGAGCGAGGUAUGACAGGAAGGAGAGGAUUGGCGCUGUGAUCAAGGACGGGAUAGAGCCUGCUGUGGUGUGGGAGGAGGGGAUCAAGGAUGUGGAGGCAGAGCAGAAGAGGAGGGUGGUGACUAGUCCUGGGUUUAGCUUCUCGGCCGCCGGGCUCUUGUUCCCUUACCAUCUUGGGGUCGCACAAUUCCUUAUCGAGAAGGGCUAUGUCAAGGAAACCACACCAUUGGCUGGUUCAUCAGCUGGCGCUGUAGUAUGUGCAGUGAUUGCUUCUGGAGCCAGCAUGGAAGAGGCUUUGAUGGCUACUAAGGUACUCGCUGAUGAUUGUCGGAGAAGAGGAACUGUUUUUCGGCUUGGGGCUGUUCUUCGUGAUGUGCUUGAUAAGUUCCUUCCCGAAGAUUCUCAUACCAGGUCCAAUGGAAGGGUUCGCAUUGCUGUUACCCAGAUCCUUCGGAGGCCUAGGGGUUUACUGGUGGAUCAGUUUGACUCCAAAGAAGAUCUCAUCAAUGCAGUAUUAGCUUCUUCCUUCAUCCCGGGAUAUACCGCGCCACUACCAGCCACAUUAUUUCGUAACCGACUUUGCAUUGAUGGGGCUGCGACGAUGUUCAUGCCACCUACAUCUGCUGCUCAAACCGUCCGUGUGUGUGCCUUUCCAGCCACCCAACUCAAGUUGCAAGGGAUCGGGAUCAGCCCAGAUUGCAAUCCAGGAAAUAGGGGGAGCGCCAGAGAGGUUUUCAGCUGGGCGCUCAAACCUGCAGAGGAUGAUAUCCUUGACAGGCUGUUUGAGCUCGGUUACCUUGAUGCUGCAGUCUGGGGUGAGGAGAACCCAGUCGUAGAAGCAGUUGAAGUUGAUCUUCCUUCUGUUAAAAAUGGUUCUGAGUAGCACGGCUGAUCGGUAAAGUGCUUGGACUAAGAUCCUGACUGAAGACGCUAAGAAACGCGCAUCCGGUUGCGUCAUGCCCGACUGAAGGACAAGAUCAAUCUUCUUUAUUGUCGAGUAAUACCAGAUGGCAGAUGCCCAUUGAGAGGAUAAAGCCACAUAGCACAUCAGGUUUGCACAGUGGUGGUAAGAUUGACAUAUCCAGAUAAUGCGUAGAAGCUAGUUAAAGGGAUAAUAAGAGCACAAACGAAUAUGAGACAAUGUAGGUUUGUUUUUACAGAGGAAGCUCAA